CCGAGCAAUAGGAUCUUCAGGAUUCAAUGGUACACUCGACUACAUUACUAAUCAACUAAAACAAAAUACAGAUUUCAUUGUUCGGCAUGAGUAUUUUACGGUGAAGAAUUGUGUUGUUCAAGGAACACCGCAGCUACAAUCUGAAAUCAAUGGUCUUGUCAAUGAUCAUGUUUACUUGACAGAUUUUACUCAUAUUUUAUUUUCGCCUGGAACCAAUUUUGAUUCCUUUGUUCCAUUGGUCUCGAUUCCAAAUCUUGGUUGUCAAGAUUCCGAUUGGAUGAAUGUGUCAGUAACGGACUCAAUCGCUUUGGUCAAACGUGGAGUUUGCACAUUUCCAGAGAAAACUCAGCUAGCAGAAAAGUACCGUGCGAAAGGAUUGCUCAUGUACAACGAUGGAACUGCGCCAAAUCGUUUUCAAGCAUUUCAGUAUGUGAGAAGUGAUUUGAAGACGACAAUUCCAGGCUUUUUUCUGUCGUAUAACUUGGGAAUGAGGUUUGUUAAUGCAGCGUCCAGUGCAAGUGCGAAUGUCCGUAUAAAAAUGCAAAUUGAUGUACGAGAUGCAGAAGGCAUUGGAAAUAUUUGUGCUGAUACACCAACAGGCAAUAAAGCAAAAACAAUUGUUAUCGGAUCUCACAGUGAUGGAGUGUUAGAUGGAAGCGGAAUUAAUGACAACGGUAAGAAAAGUGUCGGUAGGCUAAUAGGUUAUAGUCAUCUUACCAUCAUAGACUAUAUAUGUUAG